AGAAGAGGAAACAGACAUCAUAAUGUUCCAUUAGAUGAUGCAUCAUAUUCGAGUGUUGGAACGAAUUUCGGUUAUAGUGGUAAUGAUGAAUCUUCCAGUAGUACUCACUAUUAUGUGCCAUUUGAUCAGUAUCCCAAUGUCACCUCUUAUGAUCAAUAUGGAAAUGAUCAAGCUUCUUCAUACUACCAACCAUCCACAUAUCAAGAUCCGUAUUACCAAGAAACAAGUGGUGGAUUAUAUGAUUAUGUUUUCAUACAAGGAUAUUAUCAGGAUGAUGGUCAGAGUGAAAGCAGAGGUUGUGAUCCCCCACGCCACUCCACCAUGUGGUAGGAAGAAUAAUGGAAGUUCGCACUGAAGAUGCAUUUGUAGGUGGUGACGAUGUAGUAUUUGAAACUUUUUGUAACGUAUCAUUUAAUGUAACAAUCUAUUUAAUUUAAAAAUGUGUUAAGACUUGUUUAGUUUGAAGACAAUUUCAUUGUGUCUGUAAUAAAUUAUUCAGUUUACCAAUCGUUUUAAUUAUCAUUCUCUUUUAGUUGUCAUAUUCUUAUUGGUUUAUUAGUUGUUAAUGUUAUAAGUGUUAAAACAAAUAUUCAUAAUGUUUGUAUUAACUUCAACACUCAUUAAAUAUAUGUUUUGCGCAAUUGAAAAUAUUUCACGCCGCUGCAAUCGCUACAGUCGGCUACAGGCCGCUACAGGCCGCUACCGCGAUGACCGCUACCGCGAUGACCGCUAUCGCCACCGCUACCGCUGCCGCUACGGCUAUUUAAAACCUUGCGUAGCACUCCGUAUAUCUGUAUAUGGGAUGAGCUGGAUUUGAUAAAUGGAAGACUUACUAUUUGCCUAUUCCAAUUCGAAACCAUUCUGGUUUGGAACUCUUUUUUGAUAAUGAUAUACGCCUAUACGGAGUAUAAAUAAAUGAUUUUAUUUUUCA